UCUCGUCUUUAAUAUUCGUCAAGCUUUCAAACUUUUAUAUUUGGCUUUAGGGGAGAACAAAGAGACUUUACUUUGGAUAUCAAAACAUGUCUAGCUCUCUAUUCUAAGUCUACCUAUCUACAUCUCUCUCUCCCUCUCCCUCUCUCCGAUUAUAUUUGGAAAUUAAUUAGUUGGAUCUACAAGUGAAGAUUGAUCGAUGUUAGCUCUGUCUCCGUCGACAAGAGAUGGUUGCGACGGAGCGUCAGAGUUUCUUGAUACGUCGUCGUGUGGAUUCAAGAUCAACAUGGAGGAGGAUGAGUUCUUGGAUUUCCCUGACCACGGCGAUCUCCUCGACAUCAUUGACUUCGACGAUCUAUUCGGUGUCGCCGGAGAUGUGCUUCCUGACUUGGAGAUUGACCCCGAGAUCUUAGCCGGGGACUUCUCCGACCACAUGAACGCUUCUUCCACGAUUACUACCGCGUCGGACAAGACUGAUAGCCAAGGGGAGACUAAUUACAAGGGUGUUUCCGGGAAAGGUGAAGAAGUCAUAAGCAAAAGAGAUGAUGCUGCGGCGGAGACGGUGACUUAUGACGCUCACACUAGCGACCGGAAAAAGAAGUAUCCUUCUUCUGCUUCUUCCAAGAACGUGAAUCGCCUCAGUAACAACGAAGGGAAGCGAAAGAUGAAGGUGGAUUGGACACCAGAGUUACACAGGAGAUUCGUGGAGGCAGUGGAACAGUUAGGAGUGGACAAAGCUGUUCCUUCUCGAAUUCUGGAGCUUAUGGGAGUCCAUUGUCUCACUCGUCACAACGUCGCUAGUCACCUUCAAAAAUAUAGGUCUCAUAGGAAACAUUUGCUUGCUCGUGAGGCUGAAGCGGCUAAUUGGACUCGCAAACGGCAUAUCUACGGGGUAGACACCGGAGGUAACGUUAAUGGUCGGAGUAAGAAUGGAUGGCUUGCACCAGCACCCACUCUCGGGUUUCCACCGACGCCCGUGGCUGUGGCACCAGCGCCACCUGUCCACCACCAUCCGUUUAGACCGUUGCAUGUGUGGGGACAUCCCACGGUGGAUCAGUCCGUCAUGUCUCAUAUGUGGCCCAAACACUUACCUCCACCUUCUACCGCCAUGUCUAAUCCACCGUUUUGGCCGGUCUCCGAUUCACCCUACUGGCAUCCAAUUCAUAACGGGACAGCUUCGUAUAUGCCGAACACAACUACGAGAUUUAGAGCACCUCCAGUUGCUGGAAUCCCACACGCUAUGCCGCCGCAUCACGCGGUGUACAAACCAAAUCAUGGCUUCGGUGGGGCUCGUCCUCCGGUGGACUUGCAUCCGUCAAAGGAGAGCGUGGAUGCAGCCAUAGGAGAUGUAUUGACGAGGCCGUGGCUGCCACUUCCGUUGGGAUUGAAACCACCGGUUGUGGACGGUGUUAUGACAGAGCUUCACCGUCACGGUGUCUCUGAGGUUCCGCCAACGUAACCGCGUCUUGUGACUGAAACGGACAAGCGCCAAACAAAAUUCGACGACAUGUCUUUAAAUUCUUGUAUCCUUUUUCUUUUUUCCAAGGGUUGUUUUUGUUUUUGACCCUUGUUGAGUGUUGAGAGUUUAGGGCCGGUUUACUUAAAUUAUAAACGUCCGUCCCAUGUGACUAAUAAGGAGACCAUUACAUAUAUAUGUAUGUACCGUAUAGGGUGCUACGUACACUCUUCUCUCUAGCUAUUAACGCAAAUAAAUGACAUAUUCAUGAACGCA